CAUCGUUCUUGAUUGAAAUUGCGUUAUCGCUCUGAAAUUGUCUCGGAUAUGGUUAUUCUUGCUCUUAAAGGCGCUGAUGAAUGAGUUACGUCUUAAGUUGACAGCCAUGCAGAAAGAAACUCGUCUAAAUGUAAAUGUUUUCUGGAUAUUGAGGAUCUACGUCCUCCUAGCGCGCUUUAUAACAGGAAUCAAGUCAAGCGCAGUGAAAAAAGCGCUAGUCGCUAAUUACGAUGAUGCCGUGAGGCCAGGACUCUUUGAAGGUUUGCCUGUUGAAGUGUCGGUACAACUCCAUGUGGAGUCCUUCGGGAAUAUUCAUGAGGCCGACAUGGAAUUCGAAGUUUACUCUUACCUUAAGCAGAUUUGGACGGAUAAAAGACUAGCAGGGAGAAUCAAUCGCAGUAUCACCCUCAAGGGGUCUGAUAUCAACCGUGUCUGGACUCCUGAUGCGUAUUGUUACAACGCUCGAUUGACAAACUUGAUGUUACCCGACACAGAAACGCACAGCAAAGUAUCCAUUAGUCCCGAAGGAGUGCUCGAAUACAGUAGAGGCGUUUCAUUCAAAGCAUCAUGUGUGAUGGACCUCCGCAGUUUCCCUCAUGACAGUCAGACGUGUCAUCUAAAGUUUGGAAGCUAUGCCUAUGACGAUAGUGACGUCAUUUUCAAGUGGCAAAGUAGCGAUGUUCACGUCAGUCGUGAUAAUAUGGCGCAGUUCAAGUUUCUUGGCGCAAAGUUUUCUGCUGAUCUGGACAGUUACACGGGUGUCAACUUUACCACCAUUACUGUUUCCUAUACGUUCCAGCGUCGCCUUGGCUACUACGUCUUACAAGUUUAUAUUCCUGACAUCCUGAUAGUCCUGUUAAGCUGGAUUGCGUUCUGGAUGAACCCGGAUAGUCCUGGUGAUCGACUCACAAUCGGAAUCACUACAAUCCUGACCAUCAUGUUCCUGUCUGGAGCUGUUAAUGCCUCCAUGCCGCCGGUCAGCUACGCUAAAGCGGUGGAUUGGUAUCUUAUUAUAUCAUUUGCGUUCAUAUUUCUCUCGGUUAUCGAGAGCCUGGUUGCGUAUGUGAUGUCUUCGAGGCCAGUUAACAAAGACUGCAGUUUUGACUAAAACAGUACGGAAUGCCAAUCCUUUCCAUCCAAACAACCGCCAUGUUCUAACGCUUACCUGC